AUGUCAGAGCGUUCUGGGCAAACUGCAAAGGGGAAGGAAGGCAAAACCAAGUAUGCGUCUCUCAACCUGUUUGAUACAUACAAAGGAAAGAGCCUUGAAACACAAAAGCCUGUUGGUAAGUAUUUCAGACCUACUGUACAUCCAGUGUCAAACUUUUAUAAAGCAAGCCCUCUUGUCUUUUCACCCACUGUAUUAGUUUCCAAAUUGUUGGCCUGUUCUGUUUUUACUACACAGUUUUGUUAUUCCUCUCAAGGACGUGCUCCUUGUUUUUUACUUGAAUAGAUCUGCAACAGCACAGUUAGGUUUACCCAUUGUUGCUGUUGGUGUUGUGAUAAGUAAUGCCUGGCUGUGCGUUUUUGUCUCCCGAUACCGAGUACUGCAACCGUGAUGCUCCAGUCUUUUGUCUCCCUAAGAGCUUUGGUGCUUAUUUCCAAUAGAAGAUAAUACUGCAUCUCUCAACUGCCUGCCAACCUGGUUUUGCUGAUACAGUUAUUUUUACCCAGGGAUAUUUACUAUCCGUAUUUACAGUCCUUUUACUCUUGCCUCAUAUAUUUGAAACAUUUUCUUUCAGAAUGUGUCACAGCUGUAGAAAUAAAGGAGGAAAUCAUGCCUGUUUGGAAGGGUUAGCAGCUCUUGAGCUACAGCAUGUCAGCUGAGCUGCGGAGCCACUGAGCCUGACCCAAGACAGAGGCUCGCUUGUGGACGUUGUUUGACUUCUGCGCCGAGUCCCCAGUCAAUGUUUUAUUCAGAAGCUCCCCACUAGAUUCAAGCAGCUGUCCUCGUUGUGCAAACGACAGACUUCCCCUCCCUACAUAGUGAAGCCAUGCACCGCUGCGGUUUCUCUCAACCUCAGGGCAACAAAUGAGGGAUUGAAAUUCGGCAUAGCUUCACUUAACAAAACUGCGAGGCUUUUCCAUGCUUCUGCGGGCAUCAAUAUCCUUGUGUGUCUCCAUGAACUGUAAUUGAAGUGGGUCUGUGGAGGAUUUUAAUAGUGUCUUUUUCUAAUCCAUAUUCAUCUGGAUCAUCAGACUGUAACUACUGAGACUCUAACCUUGUUGGAUGUUCAGCAUCCUAAUUGCAUGUCUGGCAAAGCAAGCAGUAGCCGUCCUGUCAUCGACUCCUCUUUGCACACAGUUGAUUUAAUUGGCGUCAGGUUUCAGCGGUCCGUUUUUGCUAAUGACUCCCUUUUUUUUCCUCCAUAUCAGUUCCCCCCCGCCAUGGCCUGCAGUCUCUUGGUAAAGUUGCCUCCGCACGGCGUAUGCCACCCCCUGCCAACCUGCCCAGUCUGAAGGCAGAGAACAAAGGCAACGACCCCAACGUCUCGCUCGUUCCCAAAGACGGCACAGGAUGGGCAAGCAAACAGGAACAAGCAGACCCAAAGAGGUCAGUAAGCCUACUUUAGCAACAACUCUUUCAAAUUCAAUCUCGCAUGUUUUAUCUUUCAAAGUUACUUCUGUAGGUAGGAAAAGCUGAAGUAAUCGUUCUUGUGUCACUCAUGUAUGUUACUUUUUUUCCCCCCCUUUCAGUACCGAUGCAUUGUCAGCACCGCAGCCGGAAUCGCAGCAGCCUGUGGCUUCAACGACACCUGCACCGACGCGCCCGAAAACCCCGCCAGCUUCAGAGGUAUGCACAGUCACAGUUACAUGAAAACAAACUGCAUAAAGGUCUGUGCUAUUGUGCAUGGAUAGUAAUGCUGCCCACAGUUGACAUGUAUCAUAUGCUUUGUUUCCCCGCUCCUCCCCCAAGGCUCUGGCCCCAGCUUCAACCCAGGCCGUAGGGGCAAGGUCCUGGGCACAGGCCAGUGUUACACAUGGAACACAAGGGGAUGGUAAAUUCCUGUUUUUUGAGCUCAUUUCUAUGCAGUUAGCCUUCUGUGGCAUUCUUCUUCACAAAUAAUGCUCCUCUUGUCCUCCCUCUCCGCAGGUGGAAAGGGAUCAAACCUACCGUCGCCAUUCUCUCGAGAGGAAUUUCCCACCCUGCAGGCGGCUGGCGACCAGGACAAAGCUGGCAGAGAACAGGGCACUGCAGAUCAGUGGUAUGGGCCAGGACCAAGCCUCCGCCCCCAGAGUGAGUAAUCAUGAUCAAACAGUCUUUUGGUUAAAUUUGUUUUUUUUGGAAAACCUAUCUCAAAAGCUACGAUGAAUAAAUACUACAACUGUGCAGGUGAACUCUGCAGGUCUUGUUUUAUUAAUUUAAACUUGUAUCCUAUUAUUGUUACAUCUGUACAACAACAGUUUGAUAAUUGUGUAUUUACUAAUGUUAAUUUUUUUCAUUCAUUCAUCAGCAUAAAUUGUUAAGCUACCCACACGUGUCUUACUCAAAGGAUGUUCAAAAUCUCUAAAAUCAUGGCUGACUUACUGAUUAAAAACCAAAAACCAUUCAGUACAAUCCUCUUUUAUAGAAACCAGCAACGAAUACUCAAAAGAGGCAAUUUCAAAAACCCAUUCCUGAGUCCAAACAAAAUGACAGAAAUGCACUGUAAUACACAAAUGAUACAAAACCAAAAACACACAAAAGCAAAGAAAAACUGUUAAAAAUUUGACUUUGCAGUGCAUUCCUUUCAUUUCCAGGAUGAACUAUUGCUUGUGUUUUUCAGUAAGCACCAUACAAAGUUGUCAAUUGUCUGCUCUAUAGUACUAACAUCUUUCUUGUGUUUUUCUGUUCUCAGACGUCACAAGUUGGCGGGACGGUGGGGGCCGAGCCCUGGCGCCCACCCUGUCUGGGGAGGGGGCAGUGGAGGGUGGCACUGGUGGGGCUCUGGUGAUGGAUGGGGCAGCUGGGGUCCCCCCUCCGAACUCACAGCCCCAUGGGCCACCUAGAAACCCUCCCGCAGGCAGCCCUGCCUUGCCCCUGCCCCAGCCCCCUGUGGGGCCCGGGUUCCCCCAGUACAGAGGGAUCAUGCCGCCCUUUGUAAGUUUUCCCCCUCUUUUUCUCUCUUAGUUUAAUGUCAAGUAGUGAUAACAGAUUAGUUCAGUAAUCAUAUAUCAUAUAGUACCUUUUAAUCUCAUGUUGUCCAUUUGUUUAUUAAUAGAUGUAUCCUCCCUACCUGCCCUUCCCGGCCCCCUAUGGCCCUCAGGGGCCGUACAGGUACCCGGCACCUGGUGAAGGGCCUGCUCCAAGGUAUGCCUUUCACCUUGAAUCAGAUGUUAACCCAGUAAUAGAUUACAUUGUUGCUGUGUAUUCAUCUAUUUUUUCAGUAGGCAUCAAACUCACCUUUGACUGUUCACAGUUACCUUACCUUAUCAAAUCUUACAAACAAUCUCCUCUCCUCUCUUAGGUUCUCUCGUGGGCAGGGUGGUCAAGACAAUAGGCCUCCGGGCGGCCCACGUGAUGCAGGUGGAGAGGUGGUGAAGCGUCCUUCUAUCCUGAAACAGGAUGACCUGAAGGAGCUUGAUGAGCUGGACCAUGACGGGGACGAGGGCUGGGCAGGUAGGAAAGAUGCUUGCAGAUUUCUGCAACUCAACUUUUUUGCUGACUUGCGCAAUUGUUUUGCAGUCAAAGCAUGAGUUCAGAUGAGGAGGAGCUGAGGGGUUGUCAAAGUAAAGCGUGUGUGAGGUAUAUCACAAUUUGUCUUUUUUUUUUCUUUAAAGGGGCUCAUGAGGAGAUUGAUUACUCCGCCAAGUUGAAGUUCAGUGAUGAUGAAGGAGAGGAGGAAGGGGAAGAAGAGAAAACCGAGAGCAACAAUGAGACACAGUAUGUGACAUCAUAGAUUCAAAUUGAAAAACAUAAUCUUUUUCCUUUUUCAGGCCUAAAAUAUGACUCGACUGACUGAAACAAUAUAAUCAGUAUUAAAACGCACACAUCUGUCUUGUCCUUAGUGAGCAACAGAGGUCCCAGGAUGCCCCCCCUGCAACCUCUCGCACCAGAGCCUCGGACAGUGGUGGAGACACACGCCGAACCCCUCCCGCUAAUGCUGACAAUGGACCCCAACCCCCCUCCAGCAAGCCAGGAUGGGCCGAGGAGGGAGGCAGUGGCUGGGGGGGUCAAGGAGCACCAACCAAUUUCCAGGUAGCGACAAAAUGCACUGCAGCAGUAGAGUUCAGCCCAGACAGGUAAAAACUAGGUAUGUCGUAAAUACCAAAAUAGCUGGAAGUAUACUGUAAGGAAACUUAUUUAUGGGCAGAGAUGUUAGUGUGUUUCUGUUUUUGUCAGUGUAGAUAAUUGUGUUAGCGUAUGGCUAACUGUCUCUGCCUGUAUAUAGGGGCGCAGGCCUGGAUUGGGUGGUCCCCGGGAGCAGCCCUCCCCCCCACCAGGGCCGCUCCUUGGACAAGGGCCUUACUCCUUUUACCGACAGGUAGACAUCUGAACAGGGCCUCAUAGACUACUCAUUUCUACCAUUAUCCCAUUGCCGCCCGCAGGUCGAACGAAGAAUUCAUUUUUAGUUUUAAUUUUGCGUCUUUUGAGUUCAGUUGCUGUUCAUGUGAUCAUCUGUGAAACAUUUUCUUCAACUUCUUGUCGUGCUGUCAUCUGAUCAGCUGAAAACUGCAUAAAAGAGCAUGGUAUACUUUUUAACAACUCAGGAACGGCCCAACAACCAGGGCGCCCCACGCCCAGGGAAGCAGGCUCCCAACCAGCAUCAGCCACCAGCAGGAGGGCCUACUCCUCCUCCCCAGCCUGGCCUGCUGGUCCCUGGAGCCCCUGGAGAAGAUGAGGAUGAGACUUGGCGCCAGCGCAGGAAGCAGUCCUCCACCGAGAUCUCGGCUGCUGUGGAGCGAGCCCGUCGGCGCAGAGAGGAGGAAGAACGCAGGAUGGAGGAAGAGAGACGAGCAGCUUGCGCGGAGAAGCUGAAGAGACUGGAUGAGAAGCAGCAGCAGCAACAGGGCAGCAGCGUAGGAGGUAGUGGAAGUAAAACCCCCAGCCUUGAUGGAAACUCUACUGCCGCUACAGCGGGCAGCCCCAGUCCUUCUAUAUCAGCCUCCUCUCCCAACAUUAGCCAGCCUCCAUCUCCCUGUGUUGACUCGGAGGAGCCCCCAUUGCUGGCUGUCCAAACAGGGCCUAGUCCUGGAGUGGGUGAGCGACAGCGGGCCAGCAGCAACAGCAGCUAUGAUUCCAGUGCAGGUAAUUUAUUUCCAUAUACAAUCAUAAUGAUUUGAAACGUUUUGUUAUAAUUCAGUAUCCCUAAUCGUUUAUGAUUAAUGAUAUCAUAAGUAAACUGAGGUAUGACCUUUUGAAUGUGGCGUCUAUUAAAUUUCUUAACCUUUCUCUCUUGGUUCAGAUGCUCAGCCAUGUCCCCAGCCAGCGAUAUCACAGCCACAGCAGCCGUCACCGGAUGUACCUUUGCCAGGAGAAAGUAAAGAAGAGCCCUUGGCAGGUCCUCACAUCCGUGCGGCAAGUGGAACUGAAAGAGGAGUCGACCCUGUGAAAAUUGAAAAUACUGGAGGAGGACCAGGUCGUCAAGCCGGUGGUCCUCCCGGCCAGGGCUACUCAAAGUACCAGAAGUCUCUUCCACCUCGAUUUCAGAGGCAGCAGCAGGUAAGAACGUAAACCAAACCAUUGUUUUAAGUAGGUUUAUAUUGCUUGAAUGCCAGUCAUUCUUAAAAUGAGGUAAGCUCUUUACAGAAAGUAGCUCCUCGGGUUACUGUUGCUGUUGUGGAAAAUAAGAACCACCUGUUAUCCCUGUUCUUGAGUUUUAAGUUUUUUGUUUUGGCAUUUUGUCAUUCUUUAGGAGCAGCUCCUGAAGCAGCAGCAGCAGUGGCAGCAGCAGCAACAACAACAGCAACACAGCCAGGCAUCACAAAGCCAGCUGUCCCCUCAGCCCCAGGCUCCACAGGGUCCUUCACAAGGUGCAACACCACAGCCGGGGCCUGGACCAAAGCAGGGUGGACCGCUGUAUCAACCCAGUAAUAUGGUUCGACCUCCACCACUGCCAAUGAACUUUGACCCUCGCUGGAUGAUGAUGCCCUACAUGGACCCUCGCAUGAUGCAGGGCCGCCCUCCACCUAUGGAGUACUAUUCAGCUGGCAUGCACCCUACAGGUCAGUGGAUGAGACAUUCUCUGUGACAUCUGAUGGAUGAAAAAAGUCAGAAUUUGAGCCACCAGUCUGUACAACACUGACAUAUAUGAACAUUUUUUCUUUUGGAAAAUCCAGGGCUUAUGGGUCGUGAGCGCUCUGAUUCAGGAGGAUCUGGUUCAGACCCCUUUGACCGGCAGCAGCAGCAGCAUCCAGGGCACCCUCACCGUGGAACUCCCCCGAUGGAUCCCAAGCUUGCCUGGGGGCCCGAGGUAUUCCCUGGUGGAGUAGAGGGCAGAGGACUGACAUCCCCCCUCAGGCAGAAGCAAGCUAUGGAGGAAGAUGAAGGUGCCAAAGGACCCAGGUAUGCAAAACUUGUCAAAUAAAACACAAUUUUUUAAACAGAAAUGACCAGAAUCAGAAAAACAAAGUGUGAUUUUCCCUUGUUUCUGUUUCUUUUCUGAAGCUAAAAUCAGCAUCGACUUUAAUAGAAAAAUCCCUCUUUUAUUUAUAUUUUCACUCUAUCUUAGGAGCGACACUCCUCCACACCGAAUGCGAGAGGGUGGAUUGGGACCAAUCCAGCAGCCUAGCUCUGGCUCUGGGACAUCCAAUCAGACUCCACCUCCAGUUGGCGCUCAAGUUGGGGUCCAGGGAGGUAGCCACCAAGCCCAUCACUACAUAAGCGGGCAGGGCAACUACAGCAACUUCCCUGACCAGAGUGGGAGGAUGCUUCCACACCAACAGCAGAGGGCCGGUGAGCGGGGAAACCAGCCACACAGUUUCACCCACCAAGAUGAAGGACCCCCCAGAGGAUCUCAGCAAGGCCAGAUAUGGGGGCCUCCACACCCUCACUACGAUCGCAAUGGUCGUUCAGAUCUCCCCUCUGUGGAGAGCAACUCUCAUCACCACCAUCACCAUGGCCACCACCCUCAGCAGUCUCACUUCCAUCUUCAUCCCCACAAGCAAGAGAACAGCCGGGACAGGGUUGUUGAGGCCAACGCUAAGAAGACAGACUCUUCUCCUCCAAUCCACCAACCUUCUCUCUCAUCCUCCUGCUCUUCCUCCUCCUCCUCUUCUGCCAGAGAGGACGGCAAUGUCAAAGCUGCCAUGCAUCAUCACCCAUCCCAGAGAGACGGUGAAGCAGGUGUUGGGCACACUGUUGGUGAAAGAGGUAGCAGUGGCGGUUCUGGCAGUGGCGGCCACGUGAAACAGGAGAAAUCAGGCCCAUCGUACACUCCCCAUGCAUCUGCUGCUGCUAACCAAGCUUCCUCUCAACAUGGAAGUCAUACUCAUCCUCAGCAGCAGCAGCAUCACCAUCAUAAAUCAAACCAAAGAGGAGGACGGGAGCACAAGACAGAGACUCAGUGGGGCCCACGGCCUGGCAGCAGUCACAUGGGUGGAGGAUCCUCUCAUGGGAGGAAGGCCAACAAUGCAGGAGGCGGGAACAGCUCCCGUGGAGGUGACGACUCCUCCAACCCUCAGUCGGACCACAAACCCUCCAACCACGCAGGAGGCAGCAAUGCCAACAAGAGGGCCGGGCCGAUCAAGAAGCCAGUGUUAAAAGAGAUGAAGAAGGAUGGAGGGGAAGUGGAUGGUGGAGAAAAAACAAAUGCAGGUUUUGGGAAAGAUAAAGAACAGGAUGGGGGCCAGACCACCUCAAACAAGCAGGAAGCCUCCUCUGCUACCCAGAACACAUCAGCUCCAUCUAAAGACGAGCCAGCCCAGACAGCCAAACCCAGAAAUGGAGGUAAAGAACGGUCAGCAGGAGGAGGGGCUGGGGGUCGAGGGCAAAAGGAUGGAGACACCUCAUCCUCUGGAAUAACAGCUUCUUCCUCCAGAAGGGACAGGGAGCGUUCCUCUGAGAGAGGAGGCCAUCAUGGAGUUGCUGCCAAAGGUGGCAGGGCUAGUCGUGGACGAGGGGGGGAGUUUUAUGGCCGGGGCCGUGGAUACAGAGGCACCUAUACAGCUGCUGCUGGGCCCGUUGGUGGAGGCCGCGGAAGAAUGGGAGGCAGGAGUGGCAGAGAUUACCGCUCAUCUGUGGCAGGUGGCCACCACCAUGAGCCCAAAGGUGAGGGAGGCAGUGGCAGACAUGGCCAGGAGCGCUCUCAGCAUAACCCUGCCAGGGCCAGGAACCGAAGUGAGACCCGCAGUGAGGGCUCAGAGUAUGAGGAAAUCCCCAAGAGGAGGAGAGAGAGGGGUUCAGAGACUGGAAGUGAGAGUGGUGCCAGUGACCUUGGUCAUUCAGACAAAGAUGACAACCAGAAAUCCAACACCAAGAAUGGCUCCAACACCACUGGCAGCAGCACCAUGCCAUCUGUACCACACAGAGGUUCCCAGACCCGGGUUUUCACCCCCAGAGGGGUGCCCUCUAGGAGGGGCAGGGGUGGAGGAAGUGGAGGAGGAAACAUCUAUAGAAGCAGUGGUAAUGUUGGAGGACCACCUGGAGGGCACAGGAUUGGAUCUAAUGCAGCCUCUCAUGGUGGGCCUUCAAAGGCAUCAGCCUCCACCCGAAAGCAGCAUGGCCCACCACAGACGUCUGGGCCCAAAGACUUGGGGAGGGGAGGAAAUGGAGGAGAGAAGAAAGACAAGACAGCGGAUCCAAGUCAAACUCAGAGUCAGGGGUCAAAUCCCCCCCAGACAACAUUACCUACUGCAACUCCUGCCACUGUAAGCUCCUCUGAGAAUGGAGUAGUUGGGACCCAGCAAGCUUCGACCAACCCUACAUCAAACUCUGGAGGGCCUAACGCUCUUCCUCUGCCCACUAACCGUGGGUUUCCGCCGGGUGGGUUCGAGCGACCACCUAGGCGCCGCCGUCAUGGGCGUUCCCAGCAUCAGCAGGACAAGCCACCACGCUUCCGGCGACUGAAGGAGCGGGAGAACGCCGCACGGAUCAACGGAGGAGUGGGGGUCAUUGGGGGAGGAAGGCCCUCCUCUCCCUCCCUGAAUUCAGUUCAGGACAGUAACGGAGCCCCCAUCUCUGCCCCCAUGACAGGCAACGCCCAAAACGCCAAUCACAAUACUGCAGUAACAAACAACAAUAACAAUAGUGGUGGUCAUCUCAGUAAUGCAAACAGCCACCACCAUCACCACUACAACCAGGGUAGCACUGGAGCGCCCCACCCACAGCACCACCACAGCCACGGAGCAAAGUCCCCGGACUUCACCAACCAGAACUCAGACCAGGCCAACGAAGAGUGGGAGACGGCCUCAGAGAGCAGCGACUUCACAGAGUUCAGAGACAGGGAAGGUGGAGGAGGGAAGUCAUACUCUUCUCACCAUCCCCACCACAUGGGCAGGGGAGGAGGGGGCGGCGGAGGAGGCGGAGGCGUCAUGGAGCGCGAGAUGACAGGGAAAGAGCCCUCAGCUAAUAAGCGGAGCUUCUCCAGCCAGCGUCCUGGCAUGGAGCGACAGAACCGGAGGGUCAACACCGGAGGACCUGGAGGCGGAGGUGGAGGAAGAGGUCCGAGAGGUCCAGGGGGUGGUGGCUCUGGUGGGCCUGGUAAUGGAGGUGGUGGCAAUCGAGGGGAGAAGCGCGGCAACUGGCCCUCCCCAAAAAAUAGGAAGUGA